CACACGCACAGCCCAGCUUGCUUUAGAUCAAAAAAGAAGGGGGUGGUGGUGGGGGGAGAGAUAAAAUAAUAGACCCCUUCCUUCCCCCUCACGCACCAACCACCCCAUCGUUUGGCUUCUGCUCCUGCCCCCUCCCCCCAAAGAUCAGCGUCUUCCACACUUUCUGCAGGUUUUCCGCUGAGAAGCUCUGGGCAGACCUCUCCGCAGCACACCCGGAACACCAUGAAUAUAUUCCGCUUCCUGGGAGACAUCUCUCAUUUAAUAGCUAUAAUCAUCUUGCUGUUGAAGAUCUGGAAGACAAGAUCAUGUGCUGGGAUUUCUGGGAAGAGCCAAGUUCUCUUUGCCAUUGUGUUCACUACUCGGUACCUAGACCUAUUUACCAACUACAUCUCACUGUACAACACCUCCAUGAAGGUGGUUUACAUCGCAUGCGCUUACGCCACAGUGUGGAUGAUCUAUAGCAAAUUCAAAGCCACCUAUGAUGGCAACCACGACACCUUCCGAGUGGAGUUCCUGGUUGUUCCUACAGCGGUGUUAGCAUUUCUAGUGAAUCACGAUUUCACUCCUCUGGAGAUUCUCUGGACAUUCUCCAUCUACCUGGAGUCAGUAGCCAUCCUGCCACAACUCUUCAUGGUUAGCAAGACAGGUGAGGCAGAGACCAUCACAAGCCAUUAUCUCUUCGCCUUGGGUGUCUACCGUUCCCUCUACCUGUUCAACUGGAUUUUGCGUUACCAGUUUGAAGGCUUCUUCGACCUCAUUGCCAUUGUGGCUGGCUUGGUGCAAACCAUACUCUACUGUGAUUUCUUCUACCUCUACAUCACAAAAGUACUAAAAGGCAAGAAGCUGAGUUUGCCGGCAUAGUUCAGAGUGGGACAAGAUGCCUUGGCCAAGGAGAAUGUGGGAAAUCCUUCACAGAAAAUUAAGACACACAGAUUGAUUUUUUUAAACCAACCCUCGUUAGUCACCUGUGGGUCUCUUCUUGCACCCUGAACUUUUACCUGAGUGUGAUUUGGGACAACAUAAUGGAUGGUCCUUCUGUUCAAAAGACUGAUAUAGAUGGGGGUGAGGUAUAGCUUGGAUUCCAAGCUAAUAAUGGCUAUGCCUGGUCAAUAUGUAAGUUGCUCAAAAUCCCAUUUUGAUCAUUCUCAAUUUCUAUACUCUUGAAUCGUAUUUUGUUGAUAACCAGCACAGGGAGGAAAUGCUUUUUUUAAAAAA